UCCUUCCCUCCUUCUCUCCCUCCUCCCCUCCAGGAACCUGCCUGUUGCUUCUCAUCCCACCAGAGCCCAACCAAACCCUCCUUCGCUCCCCUCGCGCUCACUUCAGCUGUGCCUCUACCAGCUCUCGUCCAAAAACGAUCUCUCCGCAAACUUUUCCUCUCACUCUCUUUUUUCUCUCCCGUUUUUUUUUUUUGUAUUAUUAUUACAAGACUCCCCCUUUCAAGGACAUCCCAUCAGACAUCUCUACCGGACGGGACCUGCUUCUUGAACGUUUCUUUAAUCCUUGGAGAAAGAGAAGAGAUUCGGAAGACAGGAUGAAGUUCCAGCUGUUGAUCUUCUUGGCUGUGGCCGGCCCGUUCUACGCCGUCACGUUUGCAAGUCCCACAGAGCUGCCUGAAGAGCUCGCCCCAGUGACAGAAGGCCCUCCAGAGGUUGCCCCGGCCGCGUCCGAGCCCGAGCCCGAGGCCGAGGCCGAGGCCGAGGUGGUCACAGAAGCUGCAGCCCCAGACGCCCCAGAAGCCACAGAUGCCCCGGUCGCCGCCGCAGAAGAAGAACCAGCCGUAGUCACAGACCCCCCAGCGACCGACCCCCCCGCUGCUGCCGAGGAGGUGGUGACUGAAGCUCCAGUAGAAGUCGCUACAGACGCCGCUGAGUCCGAGGCUGUGCCCGCCACAGACGCUCCCGUGGCAGAGACAGAAGCUCCGGCGCCUGUCCCCACGGAAGCCGCAGAAGCAGAAGCAGAGCCAGAGGUGGCGGUGACAGAGGCCCCGGCCGCAGAGGAGGAGCCAGAGGUGGUGACCGAGGCCGCCGAGGUGGUCCCUGAAGUCCCAGAGGCCACCGUGGCUGCAGUAGAGACGGGAGAGGAGGUGCUGGUGGAGGGGGGAGAAGAGGAGGGUCUGAGCUCGGGGCAGGUGGCGGGCAUCGUGAUUGGCGCGCUGUUGGCCAUUGUCAUCGUUAUCGCCGUGGUCAUCACGGUGGUCAGGAGGAUGGGCAAAUACUCCCCUUGAAGAAGAAGGGAGCCAAACAGCCCGAGCGCUCCAAGUUCUGGAAAGUCUGAAACUACUGAACUGUGACGUCGAUAAAGAAGAUUGCUAAAAAAAAAACCAAGACUGAACCAGGACUAAACAAGGACUUCUUCUGGACUAAAGCGAGACUAAACCAGGACUAGACCAGGACUAAACCAGGACCUAACCAAUCUAAUCUCGGACUGAACACACCGUUGCAUCAAAAGUAAGAAGAUUUCAGGACUACACUCAUUGCCUACGGGGAGGAGGAGAUGUGUUUGUGAUGUACGGAAGCCUGUGAAGGACAAAAGCGUGGGUCAAAUCCUCCCCUCAGUUACAUUUUCGUAUUCUAGAAGAGCUGUCGUUCCCAUACCAAGAUGGCGGCAGCGCGUCAGGACUUUCAAAACGCAACGUCAAAAGGGAGCAGGAGUCAAAACCUCUUUCCUUUAUAUUUCUUGUGAAUUUGUUGAUAGUAGAUUUACAUUAAACGGCAGGUAUUUUAAAUUUAGGGUUGUCCGGAUAGCAGUAUCAGUACUAUAUAGUAUUGGUGUAUUUUGCUCUCUCCAAUACUGUCAUAAAAGUACAAGUUGUAGUACAAGUGUUUUUGUAAGUAUGUUCACUAUCUCUAAGCCUGGCCACGCCUUAUUCACCAAGUUCCGAAGUGCCUUAAGUUUUCGUUUUAUUCUUCGUCAGUAUGCCUUCCUCGAUGUUAUGUUUUUGUUUUUCUCCUCAGUAAUAGCGAAUGUGUUUCAAAAUGCGUACUUAAGUAGUAAUAUUAAUAUUUUAUACCCCGACGAAUCCAACGGAGGUCCAAUGAAACCCAAAAAUGGUGGCUGGCCAGGCUAUCUCUCCUGAGCACUGUACGGAAACGAUUACUGUAUAAAGGUUCGGUAAUAUUAUCAAGAGCCCAAACAAAGCUGGUGUUUCUGAUAGGGAUGGUUAAAGCAACAUUGUUUAACUGGCUCAGAUUGUGUUUGCUUAACUGUAUGGCUUGUAUAGGCCCUUAUAGCACCUUUUAACACAACCAAAUCGCUUGACGUUAAGGUGACCAGACGUCCCUAUUUACCCAGGACAGUCCCAGUUUUGAGCCUGUGUCCCCUUGUCCCAGCAGAUUUAUCCAAAACCAGUGAUUUGUCCAAGUUUUAUACAAGAUUUUUAACCAAUCUCAUCCCUGCCAACAGUAAAGAGCGGCAUAAGUUGUUAUUCGUUUAGGUAAAAUACAGAAAAUCAGCUUAAAAAUGACCAAAACACAAAGAAAAUGUGACUAUACCGACUCAUAUUUGUCUUGAAUGGGCCAAGUGCAUAACAAUUUUCCUUAAUUACGCUCUCGUUUCACAAUUUUAUCAUUACCAACCACCAAAAAAAUCAGGGAUGUCCCAGUUUUUUAUUUUGAAAAUCUGGUCACCCCACUUUACGUUGAUUUGAAUUACUUUUUCACUUCUUAGUCAAUCAAUAAUGGCUACUUUUGGGCGGACUGAAAGAAACACGGCUGCCAAUUUGCGGCGCGAAACAGCCUUUUGCAACCGUCAAUCGCUUCCAGAGUCGCACAAGCUAGGUUAAGUGUCUUGCCCAAGGACACAACAAAGAUCUGAGCUGACGUGAGCAGGAUUUGAACUAUAAAUCUUCAGGAAAAUGAGAAUCUGCUCCUCACAACAAAACAAUAUUUGGGUUUUUUAUAUGCACUUGAAGAAUAUGAAUGAAUUUAAUUAUCUUUUAGAAUAUCUGUUGUGCAAUUAUUAGUCCAAGUUUAGAGCCUUGUGUCCCUUGUUCCAGCAGAUUUAUACAAAACCACUGAUUUGUCCCAGUUUCUUACAAGAAAUGUCCCAGGUGUCCCUAUUUUUGACAAGUUUGAAGCCUGCCAACAGUAAAGAGAGGCAUAAACUGUCAUUUGCUGAGGUAAAAUACAGAAAAGCUGCUUAAAAACGACCAAAACACAAAGAAAACGCGACUACACUGUCUCACAUUAGUGCCGAUUGCGUAACAAUUUUAAUUAAUUACGCACUCGUUUCACAAUUUUAUUAUUACCAGCCACCGCAAACAAGGGACGAUUUUAUUUUGAAAAUCUGGUCACCCUAUUUUGUUUACCUUUGAAGAAUAUUAAUGAAUUUGCAAUGAUUAAAAUGUGUUGUGCAAGUUUACCAAUAGAAAUACAUAGAAAAACACUGUCUCUGAAUAGUGUUAUAAAAACAAAUCUGCAAAAAAUUAUUCACGUUAUCGUAGAAAGCUCAAAUCAAACAAAAAUACACCUUAGUUUUGACCUGAUCAACUUUUCCAUUGACCAGACGUCCCUGUUUACCCGGGACAGUCCAAGUUUAGAGCCCAGUGUCCCCUGUCCAUAGUAGAUUUAUCUAAAACCAUUAGUUUGUCCCAAUUUUAAACAAAAAAUGUCCAAAGUGUCCCUAUUUUUGACCAUUUUGACACCUGCCAAGUAAGAGAGAGAGUAAAGAGAGACAUAAAUUGUAAUUUUUUUUAGGUAAAAUACAGAAAAGCUGCUUAGGAACGACUAAAACACAAAGAAAAUGUGACUAUACUGACUGAUAUUAGUGCAGAGUGCGUAACAAUUUUCCUUAACGCACUCGAUUCGCAAUUUUAUUAUUACCAAUCAAACAAACCAGGGAUGUUUCAGUGUUUUAUUUUGAAAAUCUGGUCACCCUAACAAUAUUGCCUAAAGAAAAACACAGAAAAACAUUGUCUCUGAAUAGAGUUAUAGAAAUAUUUGGUUAUAAAUUAUUCAAAUUAUCGUAAAUAGCUCAAAUCGAACAAAAAUACACCUUAGUUUUGCCUUCAAUUUUUCUAUUGCACAGAUACAGAGCAAGUAUAAGGUGACCAGACGUCCCUAUUUACCCAGGACAGUCCAGGUUUUGAGCCCUGUGUCCCCUGUCCCAGUAGAUUUAUCCAAAACCACUGAUUUGUCCCAGUUUUAUACAAGAAAUGUCCAACGUGUCCCUAUUUUUAACCAAUUUGAUACCUUCCAACAGUAAAGAGAGGCAUUUGUUUAGGUAAAAUACAGAAAAGCUACUUAAAAACGACCAAAACACAAAGAAAAUGUGACUAUACUGACUGAUAUUAGUGAAGAGUGCGUAACAAUUUUCCUUAAUUCCGCACUCGAUUCACAAUUUUAUUAUUACCAAUCAAAAAACCAGGGAUGUUUCAGUGUUUUAUUUUGAAAAUCUGGUCACCGUAACAAUUUUGCCUAAAGAAAAACACAGAAAAACAUUGUCUCUGAAUAGAGUUAUAGUUACAAAUGAUUCAAAUUAUCGUAAAUAGCUCAAAUCGAACAAAAAUGCACCUUAGUUUUGACCUCAGCUUUGCGGUUUGACGUUCAUAUCUGGUCACUAACGCCCGGUAAAGUUACGCAAUGUUGCUUUAAGACAUGUAAGAAAGGCCGUUGGGACGUGCCUAUUAGAAACACAACAAAGAAGUGCGAAGAAACCAAGAGCGUCUGUUCCAAAUUCCACAGGAUGUAUAGACAAUGCAGCUCAACGCCACGACUCUCUCCCACGCAGCAUCUACGCCAACGAAAAAAAACGCAAAAAGAGCGAGAAAAUAAAAAAAAAAAAAAAAAAAAAAAAAAAAAGGGACGAUUUUCACAUUUCGGAUUUCUUUUCUGUCGCCUGAAGCCCACACUGCUGAAGUUUAGCCGACUGUAUGAAGAGUGGCCCGUAGCGGCUUCACGACGAGGCGAUUUUUUUUUUUUUUUUUUUUUUUUUUUUUUUUUUAGAAGCUCGCCGUUCCGCGUACGCUAACACUGAGAUGCUAAUACAUAUCUGUGAAAUUUAGCAGAGGGGUUCGUGCCACUGUCAGAGGGGGGGAUUUUAACUUUUGAAGUGCGUUAUAUUAAUGUGAGUGACUGUAAUGUUUAACCCAUUCCAAAAAAAAAAAGAACAUGGAUUUAUUCUUUUGUUAAUGUUGUUUUUGUUUUGCUUGCCUAAAUGUGGUUCUUGUUAGCAGUUCACACAGAGCACACAUUGUCUCCACAUCGCAGCCCUGCCCCCUUUUUUUUUUUUUAAAUUGACCCCAGGAUUUUCGAGUUGCACUUAAUUCUCGUGCACAAUAAUGUUCUGUUUAGCUGAGUUGUUUUGGAGAAAAUCGUCGUGCAAAUACAUUUCGGCUUUCCUCGCUAGCUGCCUGUACAAACCCGGUCAUACGUGCACUGAAUGAGAGAGUAGUUUUAGUUUUUAGUAGUUCAGACACUGCAAAAAAAAACGUUUGCGACGAAAUGUUGUGUGCUGCCCCUCCCCCUCGGCUUGGCUUCAUUUUAUCACUUCUAUGUCUUUAAUCUGUGCCAUGGGAGUUGUUUGAAACUUUAUUUAAUUGCGGUGUUUUUUGUUGUUCAUAUUGUUUCAAUAAAAUACGGAAAAUUA